AAUUAACCUCUUAAUAUCCUUUCAAUUCCUUCAUUUUAUUUGUUCUACAAAAUGCCAUCAACAGCAAAUUCAACAGAGGAUCAAUGGUCAAGUGGACUUUGUGAUUGCUUAGAUGAUCCCAUCAACUGUGUGGCUACUUGUUUUUUCCCUUGCAUCACUAUGGGGGAGAAUGCUGAGAUUAUAUCAAAAGGACAAACAUCUUGUAUAGCAGCAACCACAAUCUACUAUUUGCUGUGCUCAAUAGGGUGUCAACCUGGUUAUGGAUUUCUAUACAGAUCGAGACUACGAAAACUGUUAGGUUUGCCAAAGGAAACAUGUAAAGAUAACAUUGUACAUACCUGCUGCUGUUUUUGUGCACUUUGUCAAGAACAUAGAGAACUCAAACUCCAUGGAGCUGAUCCUGCCAUUGGUUGGAAAGCAAAUGUGGAGAAUUGGAGAAGCCAAGCAGUCACUGUGCCUCCGUUCUUUGAACCAGAGAUGAUGCGUUAGGCCUGCGUUCGGAGGCGGAUUUAGAAUUUAAAUUUUAUGGAUUAGAUGUAGUAUUCUAUAACAAUUAAUUUAAUGUAUUGGGUUUGAAAUUAA